CCGGCCGCUAGCCAGGGGGUAAUCUUCAACCCGACUGGGCCACUAGGCCGGCGCCUACGUGUAGGCUGCCCUUGCUGGCGGCCGUCCGCCCCUCCGGCUCUGCCCUGGCCGCCGCUGGAGCUCCGCAACACGCCCUGUGUCUAGGUCGUUUGCGAAACGCCUUGGAGAAUCAAGAAUAAAAUUGCAGGUCAAACAAUGGAUGACUGGAAAAGUCGGCUUGUAAUCGAGAGCAUGCUUCCCCAUUUCACCGUGGUGGGAAAUCGUCAGGAGCCCAGAAAGCUCCAAGAAUCGGGAACCAGUAAGAGAAGACAGGAAGGAGACAACUACCAGUUUACAGGCAUGGCUGAUGGGGGUUAUCCUAAUAAAAUCAAGAGGCCCUGCCUUGAAGACGUCACCCUGUCAAUGGGCCCAGGUUCCCACUCCACUACUCUCUCUACAGAGAUGCAGAUUCCCAACUUAACUAUGAAUCCUAGCUCUGCAGAUCUGGGAGUGGCCGGCCAAUCACUAGUCCUUGAGAAUAAUCUUCUGGACAAUAAUCCUGUGAACAGCAGUGCCAUGGGAUCACCAUUUGGAGUGUCAUCAACUGCAGAAACGGGGCUGAAAGGGAGCACUGUUCCUUACUAUGAGAAGAACAGCAGCAUGCCAGCUGUGGACCAGGAGCUUCAAGAUCUGCUGGAGGAGCUAACCAAAAUUCAAGAGCCUUCUUCAAAUGACCUUGACCUUGAGAAGAUCCUCGGUAGCAAACCAGAAGAGCCUCUGGUCUUACAUCACUCCCAGGCACCCCUCAGCACCCCUGCCAAGCAUCCGGUUCAGAUGCCACAUAUGGAUAGCCUUAGUUCCAGCAAAGAGUUUGCUUCUAGCUGCAGUCAAGUCACUGGCACCUCACUUCCAAUCCUGCCCUCAUCCACAGGCAUCAGCUAUUCCAUCCCUCCUACCAGUAAGCAGAUGGUCUCACCAAGUUCUUCGACGGCACAGACCCAAGUCAAGAACCAGGUCCAGGCCGUACUCCCUGUUAAUUUGCCUCCAUUAUCUGUGCCUCAGUGGCAUCAUGCCCACCAGCUGAAAGCUCUUGCAGCCAGCAAACAGGGAUCUGGCACAAAGCAGCAAGGGUCCAACCGUACUUGGUCCAGUCUGCCUCCGCCAGGCCUCUCCCCACCUUACUUCCCAGUGCCAUCACCUCACCCGCCACCGCCACCGCCACCCCCACCACCAUUCAGCCCUCAAACCUUCACAGCAUCCUGCAUGUCAUCCAAUAGCUUGUCAGGCAGCACUGUGCAAAGCUCGCCCAAUGCCUUACUCUCCAGCAUGGCACCCAGCAGCAACGCCACCCUUGGGCCCAACUUGCCCUAUGCCCCUGCGAAGCUCCCAGGCCUGGCUCUCAAUCAGCAGCCACAGUUUAGCCCCCAGAGCUCCAUUCUUGCCAAUCUGGUGUCCUCUACAGUCAAAAGCCCUCAAGGACACCUGAUAUCUGCUCUGCCCACCAGCACCCCAGGGCCAUCCCCACCCUAUCGCCCUGAGAAUCUCUCUAGCCCAGGCUUGCCACAGCAGUCCUUCACUCCACAGUACUCUCUGAUCCGGAGCCUCACUCCCAACAGCAAUCUGCUAAGCCAGCAGCAGCAACAGCAGCAGCAGCAACAGCAGCAGCAGCAGCAACAUCAGCAGCAGCAGCAGCAACAGCAGCAGCAGCAACAGCAUCAUCAUCAGCAACAGCAGCAGCAGCAGCAACAACAGCAGCAGCAGCAGCAGCAGCAGCAGCAGCAGCAGCAGCAACAGCAGCAAGCAAAUGCUAUCUUCAAACCAUUGACCAGCAACCAGCAACCCAAAACCCUGAGCAUGAUCAUGCAGCAGGGCCUGACGAGCUCCAGUUCAGAAACACCUGAGCCAUUUAUCUUUGGCAACACCAAGCCCUUGUCUCAUUUCGUUUCUGAGCCAGGCCCACAGAAGAUGGCCUCCAUGCCUGCCACCUCUAGGCAGCCAUCACUGUUCCACUACCUGCCGCAGGCGACACCAGCACAUGCUCCUUCUGCCACUGCCUCAUCCACUGCCACCGCUACCUUGCAGCUCCAGCAGCAGCCGCAGCAGCCUGACCAGUCUUCAUUCCUCUUGCAGCAGAUAAUGCAGCAACCCCAGCGCUUUCAGCGCUUGGUGGCCUCUGAUUCCAUGCCUGCCCUGCCCGGACAGCAAGAGAAGCAGAGAUCAGGUCCUACGGCAAUGACCCCUAAGCAGCAGAAUGUGUAUAUUGCCCAGCAGAUGACUCAAUUUCAAGCCGUCCAAGAACAAGUCAUCUCCAAGUGUAGCCAGACCAAGGCGAGCCUCCCAUCCAACCAGCAUAUGAUGCCACCCAAAACUGAGGUCCUCCAGGACAAUCUGAAUCCAGGAAUGAGGCCACCCAUGAGUCGCAUGGGUAUUUUCUCAUCAACUCCAAAGAGGCAGCAAGGAACACUCCAUGCCAGCCUCCCAUUUCUGGUAUGCUCAGGCUCGGGUCAGGAUCCCAUGAGCAGUCUUGGCUCUGUCUGUCCCAAGGCCAGGGCCACCCCUUCAGAAGUGCCCCUGCCCAAGCUCUGCCUCAGCCCCCUGGGCAGCCAACCUUUGACUCCUCACCAACCCACCCUCCCCAGUGUGCCAGCAAUGUCUCCUGUGUUCAGUAAUGCUGUCUGGGUAGCAGCAGCUGCAGCUGGAGCCACACCAGUUUCGAAGGAGUCACCCCUGAGCCAAGUAGAUAAUAGCAUGCUACCACAUUUUGAUAACAACUCCAUCUUUGCCAAGGCACCCACGAGUGCAUCCCCAGCAGCCCUGGCAUUUCGAUCUCAGAAGGCUGUGGUCCAGGCCAAUCAGAUAGCCCCACAAGCCAGGCCUGGCCAGAAGGUGCGUGCUGCUCUGGCCAGCCCCACAUUUAGCCUAUUAGACAAUCAGAACCGUGUGCAGAGCCCAGCACAGGGCCUGGUGCCUGUACCGAGCACCAAGUCAUUCCAGCAGAGCAUGGCCAGCCACUCUCCCAUGAGUCCCAUUCAGGGACUAGAGCCACCAAGCUAUGUGGAUGCUAGUGCCGCUGCCAGCCACUCCCCAGGUCCAUUGACCAGAAUGGGCACACCCCCUGAGCUGCUACAGGACAUUGUCUUGCCCCAGACCCCAAGAGAUGGACCGAUUUCACCAUCAUCUGCAGGCAGUGAGGUGGAUUUCAUUGAAGAGCUUUUGAAAGGCUCCAAUGUGGCCCCAGAUGAAGACUGGGUGUACAACUUGAGGCUGAUCGAUGACAUUUUGGAACAGCAUGCUGCUGCCCAAAAUGCCACAGCCCAGAAUGCUGAUCAAGUCACCCAGGGUGCUGAGGAGCUUUAAAUCAGAGGAAGGUGCCCUAGAAAGCCCUUUGUUGUUACUCAAAGAAGUGGCCUGAAUCUGCAGCAAACUCAAAACUGGUCCCAGACAGCCAUACUAGGCUCCUAGUUACAACCGGAAUCGGGAAUUGUGUCAGCCCUGCCCAUCCCUCUAUCUACCUGAUGAAUGAAAAGCUGGUGAUUUUUCAAGCUACUUGUACAUAUUUGAAAAUUUUGUAAAUGGUUUUCCUAAUCAUAAAUGACAGAAGUAUUUAUACUUGGUUUUGUGGCUUUGUAAAUAAAGUGGCGGCUUUGGUUUCAAUAGAGUUGUGUUUAUUAUACAUUGUUCCAAAUAUGCAGACUGUGUUGUUCGCUCCAAUGAUACCUUGUUAAACCAGGUGGCUGAGUCACUGAGGUUUUCACACCAUGAGAAAUGUGGAUGUGAUCAAGGGGUGUUGUGCAAACUGACAAACGCCAAAUAGAAAGCCACUUGGUCAUUAAUUUCCACUUCAUUACAAAUUGUACUACCUGGUGUGACUCUUAAUCUCUUGCAAGCCUUUAAGUCUCAGCCAGCACUUUCCUAAUGAGCAUUUCCAGCAGAAGGCAUUGUAUUGUUAAGUGUCCCCCAGAGACCCUGCUGGGAGGCCAAGCAUGUCCUUUAGGUUUGGGAGAGCUGCAGAAAUAGCCCUGAGCUGAGCACUGUGUGAGUUGGCCACCUGGAGGAACUAGAGUGCUCCCUUCCCUUUGUCACCUAUGGUGACCUUCCAACGCAGAGAAAGCCCCAGCUUUACACCGCUUUGCUGCACCAUCACAGAGUGAAGGUGAGCCGGUCUGCUUUAGAGUCUGCUUUAAAUCCUUCAGCACUCAUUUUGAUGUUAAGCUCUGUGAUUUGGGGUGGGGGGGAGUCUGUAAACAUUAAUAGUUGAUUUGGGGUUUGUCUUUAAUGGUUUCUAUCUGCAAUUCUUGUCAUGUAUAUUUAAGUGUCUGUUAAAGAAAAUCCACAUCCACUGUCCUGUAAACUUUUCUGCCUGUCCAGAUUUUGUGUAAGCACAUUUUAAUUGCCACCUUGUAUUUUGAUUCUACAUUUGAAAUCUGGCAUCUGUUUUGGGCCAGUGCAUUUUUUUCUUUGUUCUGUAAUAAACAGCCAGGAGAAAGGUG